AUGGACAAACUCAGGCUUCAGCAACAGGUUUCUAAGGAAACGCUUCGUCUUCACUCUCCAAUACAUACGCUCCUGCGGAAGGUCAAGAAUCCGCUCUCGAUCCCCGGCACUGACUGGGUGGUUCCUCGAUCCCACACUCUCCUUGCGUCACCAUUGGUAACAAGCAAAUCAAAGGAGUAUUUCGAGGAUCGGGAGUCGUGGAGUUCCGAACGGUGGAACAGCCAGGUGACGCCAGGGAUCUGGUCGACUACAGCUAUGGCAUUGUCUCCUCUGGAGCGAAGAGUCCCUACCUGCCAUUCGGUGCUGGACGACACAGAUGCAUUCCAGCACAAUUCGCUUGUCUAA